UAGAUCAUUUAUUAUUAUGAAGAAAUAAUCUGGGCCUUCAUCUUAUUUCUUCAUUUGCUACAGUUUCUGCCAAACACAGUUUAAGUAAAGACUUCUCAAACCAAAAAUGUGAUUUAGGUUAUCCGAACAGCUUGUUGUGGUAAGAGAGGGUUGGUAGACACUGGGCCAAAUCUGUGAGCAAAAUGGCGAUCAACAAGUGUGAAAUGAAAUGAGCAUGCUGUGAUGGCCAUUUAGACCUGCUCCCCACCCCCCCUGGUUUUCCUCAGCCUGGAUCCCAUUACUCAGGGUCCCUUUUCUCCACCCUCCUUUUGCUGUUUUUGGCAUAUCAAUAUAACAACGUAACAUGUCAACCAACUGUGUGAUACAACCCUUACAAAUGUGACUUUUAUUAGCAGUAUUUUAUACUCUUAAGUUUCUAAUACGUUGUCUUUUUAUGGAAUGUUUUUUCUUUCUUUGUGUUGUACCCCAAAAAGUCUGGUUAUUUUUACAUUUACAUAACAGUUUCCCCAAAAAGGUACGGCGCAAGUGUCAUUUUAUGAUUUAUUUGAACUCAGCACUCUUCAGCGGCGCCUAACCUCCCUCCUCUCCCACAACCGCUGGCAUUUGGCUCCAGAAGGCUGUGCACCGCUUCAUGCUUACAGAGAAAAGUCCCUGUCGGCCUGAUGUCUUCAGUUGUAGCCCCAGAAAAACCCACCUCCAACACCAUGGGCCCCAAAGAGGUGGAGCUGAUCUUGGUGAAGGAGCAGAAUGGGGUUCAGUUCACCUCGACCACCUUGGUGGCUCCCACUCCCACUCAGACGGAACCCAGUGGGGAGGAAGAACGGGAGACCUGGGGGAAGAAAAUUGACUUCCUCCUGUCUGUGAUCGGUUUUGCUGUAGACCUGGCCAAUGUCUGGAGAUUCCCAUACCUCUGCUACAAGAAUGGAGGAGGUGCGUUCCUGGUGCCAUACUUGUUCUUCAUGGUGAUAGCUGGCAUGCCUCUCUUCUACAUGGAGCUGGCUCUGGGACAGUAUAACAGGGAAGGGGCAGCAGGGGUCUGGAAAAUCUGCCCUAUAUUUAAAGGUGUAGGCUUCACAGUGAUCCUCAUUUCCCUCUACGUUGGUUUUUACUAUAACGUCAUCAUCUCCUGGGCGAUGUUCUACCUUUUCUCGUCUUUCACUGGCGAGCUACCUUGGGUCCACUGCAACAACACCUGGAACAGUCCAAACUGCUCCGAAUGGGCUGAGAACGGCUCAGUCAGUGACAUUUACAAGGCCACCCCUGCGCAGGAGUUCUUUGAACGAGGUGUGCUUCACAUCCAGGACAGUAACGGUAUUGACGAUCUGGGCCGUCCGCGUUGGCAAUUGACUGCAUGUCUGGCUGUAGUGAUUGUUCUGCUCUACUUCAGUCUCUGGAAGGGGGUCAAGACCUCUGGAAAGGUUGUAUGGAUCACAGCCACUAUGCCCUAUGUGGUCCUGACUGUGCUGCUGCUCCGGGGAGUCACUCUGCCUGGAGCCAUCGAUGGCAUUAAAGCCUACCUCUCUGUGGACUUCUUGAGACUCUGUGACGCCAAGGUCUGGAUUGAGGCAGCAACACAGAUCUGUUUCUCUCUGGGAGUGGGGUUUGGUGUGCUAAUUGCCUUUUCCAGCUACAACAAAUUCAGCAACAACUGCUACAGAGACGCCAUCAUUACCAGCUCAAUCAACUCUUUGACCAGUUUCUUCUCCGGCUUUGUGGUCUUCUCCUUCUUGGGGUACAUGUCCCACAAGCACAACGUGGCCUUGGACAAAGUUGCCAUCGAUGGUGCUGGUUUGGUGUUUGUUAUUUAUCCAGAAGCAAUUGCAACCCUCCCUGGUUCAUCCAUAUGGGCGGUUAUUUUCUUCAUCAUGCUGUUGACUCUGGGCAUUGACAGUGCUAUGGGUGGGAUGGAAUCGGUGAUCACAGGGCUGUGUGACGAGUUUAAAUGUCUCCACAAACACAGAGAGCUGUUCACCCUCUUCAUUGUUGUCAGCACCUUCCUCAUAUCACUCUUCUGUGUGACAAAUGGUGGAAUGUACGUGUUCACCCUGCUGGAAUAUUAUGCUGCAGGAACAUCAAUUCUCUUUGGAGUGCUUAUUGAAGCUAUCGGCAUCGCAUGGUUUUACGGGGUGGACAGAUUCAGCGAUGACAUCGAGGAGAUGAUUGGCCAGCGACCUGGGUGGUACUGGAGGCUUUGCUGGAAGUUUGUCAGCCCCUGCUUCCUUUUGUUUAUGGUGGUGGUGAGCUUUGCCACCUACAACCCCCUAAGCUACAGCUCCUAUGUGUUCCCCCCAUGGGCUAAUGUGGCGGGAUGGUGCGUGGCCAUGUCCUCAAUGGCCAUGGUGCCUCUCUAUGCCAUCUACAAACUCUGCACACUGCCUGGAAAGUUUUGCGACAGACUGGCAUAUGCUAUCACCCCAGAAACAGAGCAUCAUUUGGUUGAUAGUGGGGAGGUUCGGCAGUUCACACUGCGUCACUGGUUGGUGGUCUGAAAAAUACAAGAGUAGAGUGAAAGAGAGAAAGAGAAUGAGAGUAUGGGCAUUGGGUGGAUGAGUGUGUGCGCAGCAAAGGUCUGAAGAGAUAAGAAGAUGAUCUCUAUGUUGGUGGAGGUGGUUGAAGAGGUGUAUAAGUGCCGACAAAACAAAAAAAAAACAUAAAUUGUAGUGUUCUUUAAUUUUAACAGUGGAUGUGUGAAGCUGUGCAUCGACCCUCUCCACCGCCAACACAGGUGAAUGGGAUUUAAUGAAACUGCAAAUUCAGUCUUCAGACAACUUCUUCCAGGAAUAUGAAACUAGUUUAAGGAAUACCGUGCAAGAUUAAAGAUUAUUAAUCUGCACUAGUUACAAUUUUGGAAAUGUCCUACAAUUGCGCAAAUUCUUUAGAAGUAGGCAGUAAAACGAGAGGACCAAUUUUAUCACUUUACAUUGUGUCAAGUGCAAAGUAACACAAAAUAAAAUAAAACUGAAAGCUGCAUGUUAUUUCAUUGAGACACAGUGAACAAUAUAGAGAUUUAGCAUUUUGUAAGUGUACAUGGUUUGAAUAUAUUGAGUUACACGCAGCAUCAGGAAGAGUUAUUUAUAAAAUGCUGGAUUUUUUUUUUUCAGUUUUUCAUCAGCCAAUCAUCUUAAAGCAGUAAAUCGCUGUAGUAUUUGUCUUGUAGGAUCUUCACUCUUCUCUCCUUUUACUCAAAGGUCAAACAUUUGAUGACUGCUGCUGGUUUUUAUGGAUCCCAGUCCAUGUCUGUAUGUUAUUUGUAGUGUUUACCAAUUGACUUGCUCUUCUUUAAGACUGUUAUGACUCACCGAGUAAGGCAAACUUUGAGCUGAAGACUCAAACUUUAGUUUACAUUGAAACAAUCUAACAGAAGGAGUAAUAAUUACACAAUCACAAAAC